AAUGUAGUUGACGGAGAUUCCAAUGCUUCUAAAACCUGAAAUCCCCCAUCCUUCUCUCCCUCUUUCUCACUCGCAGUCGCAGUUGGAGGGACUCACUCACUCUCUCACCUCCCUCCCUCAACAAUGGCGUCUCUACCCCUCUCCUCCUCCUUCAACCUCCGCCUCCGCCCCCGCCCCCUCUCCCUCUCCUCCCCCUCUUCCAAAUCCCUCCGCCUCAAUCCAACAAUUCCAUCUUCCAUCAAAUCCCGCAUUUCCCCCAAUUCUCUAGGUCAAAAUCGAAUCCAAUCAGUCCACCAUAGAUCACCCCUCUCACUCUCUCUCCCCGCCCCAAAACGCCCGCUUCUAGCAGCCGCAUCUGCUUCCGCCGCCCCUCCCGCCCCGCUCGCGCCCCAGCCAUGGCAGGGGGCUUCCAUCAAGCCGCUCGCCGCCUCCAUCGCGACAGGCGUGAUUCUGUGGUUCCUCCCGGCCCCCAACGGCGUCUCCCGCAUCGCGUGGCAGCUGCUCUCCAUUUUCCUCGCCACAAUCGUCGGAAUCAUCACCCAGCCCCUGCCGCUGGGCGCCGUCGCACUCAUGGGACUCGGCGCGUGCGUUCUCACUAAGACGCUGACCUUCGCCGCCGCGUUCUCGGCUUUCGGCGAUCCGAUCCCGUGGCUUAUCGCGCUCGCGUUCUUCUUCGCGCGAGGGUUUAUCAAAACUGGAUUGGGGAACAGAAUUGCGUACCAGUUUGUUUCCCUAUUUGGAAGCUCGUCGCUAGGGUUAGGGUACAGCUUGGUAUUCAGUGAAGCGCUUUUGGCGCCGGCGAUUCCAUCUGUCUCCGCCAGAGCGGGCGGCAUUUUCUUGCCGUUGGUGAAAUCGCUCUGUGUCGCGUGUGGUAGCAAUGUAGGCGAUGGAACGGAGAGGAAAUUGGGGUCUUGGUUGAUGCUCACAUGCUUUCAGACAUCUGUGAUUUCGUCGUCUAUGUUUCUGACAGCGAUGGCUGCGAAUCCGUUGGCUGCUAACCUUACUGCAACCACGAUAAAUAUGCAGAUUGGAUGGAUGGAUUGGGCCAAGGCUGCAAUCGUGCCGGGGUUGGUGUCGUUGAUCGUUGUUCCGUUUCUGCUGUAUUUAAUCUAUCCGCCCACGGUGAAGAGCAGCCCCGAUGCUCCUAAACUUGCAAGGGAGAAUCUGGCGAAGAUGGGGCCGAUGUCCAAGAACGAGAUCAUCAUGGCUGGAACUCUGCUUCUCACGGUGGGACUCUGGAUUUUUGGUAGUGUCCUGAAUGUGGAUGCAGUAACUGCUGCAAUUCUUGGGUUAUCUGUCCUCCUGAUAACUGGGGUUGUCACAUGGAAGGAAUGCCUAGCUGAAUCAGUUGCAUGGGAUACACUGACAUGGUUUGCUGCGCUUAUUGCAAUGGCUGGGUACCUAAACAAAUACGGUCUUAUCUCCUGGUUCAGCCAAACUGUUGUCAAGUUUGUUGGUGGAUUGGGUCUUUCCUGGCAGCUAUCUUUUGGCAUUCUUGUCCUACUAUACUUCUAUUCCCAUUAUUUCUUUGCGAGCGGGGCUGCUCAUAUUGGUGCCAUGUUUACAGCAUUCUUGUCAGUAGCCAGUGCACUGGGUACUCCACCCUAUCUCGGUGCUGUCGUGCUCUCCUUUCUUUCCAAUCUUAUGGGAGGCAUUACUCACUAUGGGAUAGGAUCAGCACCUGUGUUUUAUGGUGCUGGUUACGUCCCACUCGCCAAAUGGUGGGGCUACGGCUUCUUUAUCUCGAUCGUCAAUCUUGUGAUUUGGCUCGGAGUUGGAGGGAUAUGGUGGAAGGCCAUCGGCUUGUGGUAGAAGCAUGGACGAGUUCCUAUCUGUUUUUGUGCAUCAUAUUCACAUAAAUAACUCUUUGAGUUUUGAGAUUUCGAUACUCUUUUUAACGGAAUGAGGAUUUUACAAGUUUUGGUGGGGGAGAAGGCAUAAUUAGCCUUACAAUUGUGUAUUAUCAUUAUCUUUUUCAUAAGAGCUCAAGGGUUUGAGACAGCAUUUGUUGAUUAGUUAGGUUUAGAAUCAUGAGCAAGAAAGCAAGUUAUGUACUAUUAUUGAUGGUGAAAUUGAACCGAUUUUAGCUUUUCUUA